AUGGCGCAAGUUACGCCGCCAUUGAAGACGAGAAAGCUCUCUAUCUCCGGCAGUCACCAGCGCCCAGACGACGACAUGGACGAGGAUCCUGCUCUUCAGACACCGGUACCCCGUCGUAAUGAGUCGCAAUUGUCGUCAAGUGAUUCUGGAAAGCCAGACGGGCAUACGGUAUUCACUAGGAAAAACAUAUCCGAGAUCGUUCCCGCCACGCCCGACUCGACUCUGGAUUCCAUUGACGGCUCACAACUGCGAACACCGUUUAACAAUUUUGUUUCGUGGGCUGGGUCGUCCCCAGAUAUUGCAGGCACACCAACUCCGAUGGGUCCGUUAUCGAAUCGCUCUCAGCUGGAGUUCCCUGUCGGGAAAGGAAUUCGACUCACACCCCAUAUGCCAACUAGUCUCUCAGCUCUCGCCGGACUUCGCUAUGGUUCGGAGAGCCCUCUCGGGACGAAGGCACGGAAGAGAAUACAAGUGUCCACAUCUCCGAAGUCUCCAACCGAGGUGGAGAUGCCGGUCUUGGUACCAGAAUUGACUAUGAAAUCAUCAUCAUCGCCGCCAGCCGAUGAUGGUGAACCUCAGGAGACUGCUAUGCAAGAAGUCGUUGAUACAAUUUCCCCGACAGAAGACCACACUACCUCACCCAUGGCCUCACCUCUCGAAGUUGAUUCUACGAUUCAGUCCCCUCAUUCUUCAACCGACGCGGUGAUAAAGAAAUACCGUUCGGAUGCGUUACAACGAUGGCUGGAUGAGCCCAUAUCCCGGCAUCCACGCAUACUUCAGCAGUCUCCUGGUCGUAAGGAUAAGAUAUUGAAGCGACUUCGGGCUUUUCAAGUACAAAGCAGUCGUGGCACGCCCCUUAAGCCGCACAACCGGGAACACCUGGGUCGCGUCUUACAACCAGAAAGCCUAGACAGUCUUGAUCAAGUAUAUGCGAUUCCAGACUGGCCAGAGGAUGAUCAGAUCCCUUCAAUCAUCCUGGCUGAGGAGAUGAGGCGACGACAAGCAGAUUUGCGGCUCGUCGAACAGUAUUUGGAGGAGUCGACAGACUCCGAGGAAGGAGAGGAGGAGCUGUUAUCCACCGAAGAUCCUGCCAAUGCUGUUGUCGCAUUGCGAGCCAAAAAGUCUUCGCGGGACUGGCAACAGAGGCGAGUAGCGCAAGCUCAGAGUUCUCGAGCCGCUACUCCAAAGACCAAACCGUCGACUCGAAAGUCGCGACAAAAGACUUCUUCAGAUGACACUCGCAAGGAAACUACCGUCGAACCGCAGCAGGAGAUGGAGGUAGACAAGACAGACGAUGCAGACAGUGCGGACAACGACGAGGUGGCAUGCAUCUGUAAAGGCGAAGACACCGGCAGUCCGAUGGUCCAAUGCGAUAAUUGCCAUACAUGGCAUCACGUCGAGUGUGUGACGAAACCUGGUGAUGAACUACCUGACAAGUGGUUCUGCUGGAAAUGCCCAAUGAGUGCCGCUCCAGAACGUGCCUCGAAUAUGCAAGAACACACCCCAACAUUGGUCCCCACUUCCAAUGACUAUACUGCAGAGUCGCGGUUAAGUGCAGCCGCCAACAUCACUGUCUACCAAGGCAGUAGUACACCACAGGACUCGCCAGGUCUCCUCUCGUCCGACGCAAAGAAGAAACCCUCUUUUGAUGGAUUCCGCACCCCGCCGUCAUCAGGUCGAUCUCGUCAUCUUUAUGGCUUCUGGGGCGAUGGCCUCGGCGACUUCAUGAGACACGACGACGACCCAAUGACAGCAAUUGCUGCGACGCCGUUCGGCUUGCCAUUCUUCCCAUCCCCUUAUCUCCCUUUUGCAGAUAUGGGACCUCGCGGCAGUCCAUACCGAAGCCCUGGAAAAUAUGCAUCCCCGGCACAACCAACCCCGCCUCCGCCAAAGAAGGAAAAACCGUGGACAAAUUAUACGGGAACGUAUGUCGCUCCCAAUAGCAAUACGAAUACAUUCAACCCAUUCACUGCUCCAACGGCUAAUAUCACCACGGACCCGCUUUUCAUCCACUACGAGCAUGACGCCCCAAAGCAGACGGCGCACCAUAACAGCAAGUCUGCAAGGCCGAAGCGAAAGGCGAAGGGAGAUAAGGAGAUGAGCAAGGGCGAAUCAUCGACGAAUGGCGACGAUAUCUCCGCGCCUGUCUCUGCUCAAUCUGAACACCCUUCUAGUGGACCGUUGGCACCAGACACCGCCACAAGCGAAGAGGAGAUUGUGCCGAUACAGAAGGAUGGGCUUGUGAGCGACAGUAUAGACGCAGCUACAUAG